CCCAUUUUCCUGUUUCUUCCCUUUAAGAUGUUUUGCGUGCUACCUGCUGUACGAAGUUUUGGUGUAGAAUAUUACCUGAGACCCCCAUACCUACUCCAGCAUCCUGCCUGCUUUUCUGGAAUUACUGAACUAGUUCUGGGCACAUUCAGCAUGUGAUUGAAAUCCACAUUUUUAGAAGAAACCUGCCAAAACCUGUGUAUUAUUUAACCUGUUUCAACACAGGGUGGAGGAGGCGGAGUCAAGGUUACAGCCCAUAGAGAGAGGGACAGCCUUGCUACACACACUCAGUGAACUUUUACCAAGUGGAUCACAUCGCUAACUAGGAGGAAGAAACCUGUCCUGAUUUGGAUUAACAGCCCGUGCCUUGGCUCUACGAAAGGGGUAAACAACCAAAAAUCAGCUCAUACAGAGAGGAAAACAACCCAUCUGGAUUAUUGAAAAGAAGCCUGCCAAUCUCAGCCAUGGGGAGCUGGAGUUGGUUCUUUGUCAUGGGACAGACACUUAGCACCUUGUUUCUUCUCCAAGCCAACGAAGAAGUCAUCCCCAGGCUCACCCUACAGUAUGGUUCACCAGAAAGAACUGUGAACAGGUUUGAGGCUGAUGCUUCCAAUCAUUUUACCACCCUUCUUCUUAGUAAAGAUGGAAACACAUUGUACGUGGGAGCGAGAGAAUCUCUAUUUUCACUUAACAGCACAAACUUUAUGUCUGCUGAGGGCCAGCUGCAGUUGACAUGGAAAGCAGAGGACAACAAUAAGAGAGAAUGCGUUUCAAAGGGAAAGGAUUCACAGAGAGACUGUCAGAACUACAUCAAGAUCCUCCUGCCAUUGAACAGCACACACCUUUAUACCUGUGGAACAUACGCCUUCAGCCCCAACUGCACUUACAUCAGAAUUGCUGACUUUUCUCUGGAAAGAGAUUCUUCUGGAAAUAUUCUUCUGGAUGAUUGUAAGGGACGGUGUCCAUUCGAUCCAAAAUACAAGACUACAGCCAUAAUGGUUGAUGGAGAAAUGUAUGCUGGCACUAUCAGCAAUUUCCAAGGGAACGAGCCCAUCGUUUACAAGAGCCACGACAGCAGGAUAUCGCUGAAGACCGAGAAUUCCUUGAACUGGCUCCAAGACCCAGAUUUUGUUGGCUCGGCUCAUAUCCCGGAGAGUCUUCCCAAUGGAAAUCCAGUGGGAGAUGAUGAUAAGGUCUAUUUUUUCUUUAGCGAGACUGGGACAGAGUUUGAUUUCUUCGAGAACACUAUUGUUUCAAGGAUCGCUCGUGUAUGCAAGGGAGACCUUGGUGGAGAGCGUGUCCUACAGAGACGGUGGACUUCAUUCCUCAAGGCUCAGUUACUGUGCAUACGUCAAGAAGAUGGUUUUCCUUUCAAUGUCCUUCAAGACAUGUUUGUGCUCACACCGGGGGAGAAACAUUGGAACAGCACAGUGUUUUACGGGGUCUUCACAUCACAAUGGAACAAGGGAGGUGCUGGGGGCUCUGCAGUUUGUGCGUUCAACAUGCGUGAUGUACAGAAGGCUUUCAGUGGCCUCUACAAGGAAGUAAACCGUGAAACCCAGCAGUGGUACACAUAUACACACUCUGUACCGGAGCCACGGCCUGGCGCUUGCAUUACCAACAGAGUGCGGAACAUGAAAAUCAAUUCCUCGCUACAAAUGCCUGACCGUGUUCUGAACUUUAUCAAGGAUCAUUUCCUUAUGGACAGCGCCAUAAGGAGCAAGCCAUUACUGCUACAGACACAAAUACGCUAUCAGCAGAUCAGUGUACAGAGGGUCAAAGGACUGACCCAAACCUUUGAUGUCAUCUUCCUAGGAACAGAUGAUGGCAGACUGCACAAAGCAGUGAGUGUUGGUGGCAAGGAGCACAUCAUCGAGGAGAUCAAGCUGUUUAAGAAUUCACAGCCAGUUGAAGAGUUGCUUAUUGAUCACAAUAAGGGUCUAAUAUAUGCAUCCUCCCGAUCCAUGGUGGUCCAGAUUCCUGUCUCAAACUGCAGCAUGUACAGGACGUGUGGUGAAUGCAUUCUGUCUCGAGAUCCCUACUGCGCAUGGAACAAGAGAGGCUGUCAUAAUGUGCCCCACCAUGUGCACGAACCAGUCUCAAAACAUUGGGUCCAAGAUAUUGAAAACGCAGACACAGAAAAGCAUUGUGAGCGCUUUAACAGCACAGGACCUUCUGGUCGAGUUGCUUUAAGUACUGAAGAACCACCAACAUGUAAAAAGGUUAUCCUGGACUCAAAAUCACAAAAUAAUUUGAGCUGUAAACUCUUAUCUAACUUGGCAACUCGUCUGUGGAUGCACAAUGGGAAGGAGAUAAACUCCUCUUAUUUAGUUUUGCAAAACGGGGAGCUGAUUCCUCUGAGUAGCCCAGAAAGGCUGGGGACAUACGAAUGCUGGUCUGUAGAAGAAGACUUCAGAAAGCUAAUGGUGAAAUAUUGUGUGGAAGCAGAGGGUGUGAAAAAGACAACUACUCAAAGUCCAAAAACAGGAGCAAUACUUCAGAAAGUGAGUGCGAUUGAUAAAGUUGUAAACUCCUCAUCGUUUAGCUCUUCUGGGAGCCAUUCUGCGCAACUACUGGGGAAAUCCUACUGGUACGAAUUCAUAAUCAUGACCUCAUUGUUUGGGUUGGUAGUUGUGGUUAUGACCCUUUUUUUCUUAUAUAAGAAACGGAACCAAAUGAAAUCCAUACUGAAGCCAGUAGAGCACCCCGAAAAGCAGAACAAGAAACUCCGUAAAAAUGGGAAACCUGCAGAAAGCUUGCCAUUGAAUGGGACCAGUGCUCCGCUUCCAGCAGCUGAUCACAAAGGUUACCAGACUCUCAAUGACAACUACAUAAUCAGCACUCCUGUCCAUGACCCAUUGAUCAUCAAUAAAAUAGUAAUGGAAUCGGAGAAAAGGCCAUUAAAUGUCAAGGAUACUUUUGUAGAGGUGUCUCCACCAUGCCAGAGGCCCAGAGUACGGCUGGGAUCAGAAAUCCGAGAUUCAGUAGUAUGAGAACCAGUUUGAUGGAACAAACCGUUUCCAUGUACUAAAGCCACAAAGGGACUAGACUGAGUGGCUUUGUGCUCUACAGAGUAAUCUGGAAAACCUUUUUUUUUUUUAUUUGUGCAUGCUAGUUGGAUGAGGCAAUUACUUUUACAUUGUCAACAUUUAUACAUGGAAAAAGCUUCUUUGUGCAGGCACUGUAGAUGUUCAUCGUGAAAUUAUCAAGGUUUUUCCUAUUCCAAUCAUCACUCGAAUUAAUAGAAAGCAUUGCUUACUGCAAGAGAGGAGGAAGCAUUGAGUUGUCGAAAAACAUUGUGUUUGGAUUAAUCAACUGUCCCCUAUCAUCAGAUGAAGUGUAAAUGCACCUCCAGCACAGGAAUGCUGACUGCCAGUGAGACUUGCUUGAGUUUGUCAUAGCCCAGCACGACAGAAAGGUUUCAUUGUCUUCACAAAGUAUGACGAUUCAAGUCGAUAUUGCUCAAACUGAACAUAACCGCGGCUCUAUGGACUUGUUGGAAAGGAUUGAGCUCACCUUCAAAUCCUAUUACACAACAUUUUGGAGAGAGGAAGGGAGGGAUGGAAGCAAGUUUGGGGUUUUUCUUGUUUUUUUGUAAUGUCAUACUACCAUUGUUUGUGUUUGAUAACGGACGUUUAUGUUUUUGUAUUUGAGGAGUGGGUAAAUUUGUUGGUUUUUUUGUUUAUUUUUGUUUUUCUUUAAAAAGAAUGUGAAAGAAACACUAGGUGUUCUUAACACUGACAACCAGCUAUUUAUCUGCCUCUAGCACAAUGAGGGACAUAAUGUUCUACCUAAAUUAUUCACCCAAUAUUUUUUUGUUUUUGUGGGAUGUUCUGAAAUGGAAUGGUUUUUGUGAUGUACAUUUUGUUUUUCUUCACUGCAAUCUGUUGACCUGUUUAGCUAAAUGUUUGGUACAAGUGCAUACAUGUGUAUAUGUAUACCGAGUAAGAAACAUGGCCAGGCUGGAAACCAUAAUCCCCAUAAUCCAUUACUUUGGUAAUAUUACUCCGCCCCUGAAAUAUCAGUCAGUGCGGAUGUUUGCCAGUUACAAGUUGGAGCUAGUAACAGUAACAAGGAGACAUCAAUAUUUAGCAUCUCCAUUUGUAUUGCAAAGCCCAUCAGCUACAGUCUGGAGACCAGCCACCUGUAGACAUGCUUUAUCAAAAAUGAGACAAACAUACGACCAUUGACCUCUCAUACCUCUUAGACCUUCUCUAGUGCCUUCAUAACCGAAACCAUUGCUUUAACGCAUUCCCAUGAGAUUCAUCUCAUGAUGCUCUCACUUUGAUUUAACAAAAAAAGUGACAUAACAAUGCAUAAAUGUCAUUUUGUAUUUAUGUCUGUGCUUUACAUACGUUUAAUGCCUAUAUUUGGCUUUCCGACAGCUAUUUCUCGUAUUGCAGUAGAUGUAGUUUCUGGUUAUCUAUAGUCUGUUUCCUGCAUUAAAGCAAAAUGGAUCAAUGGAAAAAUACAGAAUAACGCUAAACAACAUUUCUGACAGAUCCUGCUAUACUCACAGGAGCCUGCUAGCAAAUGCGGAAAAAUAAGCUUUAUUCAUCACUUAGUGUUGGCAAGCAAAACGAUAUCUUGAGUGUGUCGCUAUCGCUGUUUUCUAGAUCCAUGAGUGAUUGACUACUUUAGAAGAACACAUGAAGCCUUACUUUUUAAUCAUUACACCUGCAUAUUUCAUCCGUCAUUAAAUUAACCCACCAAGUUUGCAAAUACGUUUCAUAACCUUCAUUCAAGUUGAUGUGUUCUAAUAAGUUAUGAAUGAAGACUACUUUUUUUUCAGGUUUUGUUUUUUCAGAGUCUUGUGAAAAGUGAUAAACCUUUCAGAUACUUUUUUUUUAAUUUAAUUUAAUUUUUUUGCUUUCCUGACUACUAUGUAGUCCGUAUGAUGACAAAUACAUCAUAAAUUAUCUUGCAAGACCGGUGCUCAAGAUCAUACUGGAUCCACAGGGAUUUUGAAGCACUAACUUGAAGCGUUGGUUCUAAGUGUUAAUAAUGAGAAUUUAGUUUAAAAAGUGUUUUGAUUCCUCAACCCCUUCUUCACGCACAUCACGUAGAAGCAGGUUUCUGUAUUUGUUUUCCCUGUCACCUAUUGGUUUCAGUGAUGUUUGUGUUCUCAUGGACAAUCUAUUCUCCCGUGUUGGUAAUCAUUUUUGAUAUAGAAGGGAAUGUUUAACAGUGGUACCUUGCCUUCUCCUUAUGGUGCUUCUGCCAUAGACAGAUGAGAAAGCACAAAUGGAGGCUGUUCAGCUCUUUCUGUGUAUUGACUUGACUGCUCUCACAAGCUGAAAGAUGCCAGUGGUGUGUUGGAUCCUUUCUGUUGAAUUCCUGUUUAAGUGCAUGUCGUCAGACAGAUUUUAUGUGCAUAUUGUAUAGAGUAAGGUGGAGAGGAGAAAAGAGCACAAAAAUACCCUAUUUGGGUAGAAAGGAAAUCUUAAACUCCGAAAGAGUUGUUUAAAUUAUCUUAGCAUUAUAUGCCUUGCUAAAUAGGUGCCAUGUAUAGCACAGAUAGAGGACUAGGCUAAUCUUCAAAUAUAAAGCCUGUUAAAAAUGCCCCAAACUGUAGAUAUGCCCAGAAAAUGUACAGUAUUUACAAUUUGUUAAAAACAAAAGCACAUCCACUCUCCAGCUUUUAAAGUAACUUGUAGAAGUUGUGCAAAAAGGAUCUGUUUGUUAGUUUUUCUCUUCUCUAUAGGCACACAAUGUAAAUGCUACCCAAAUGUCCAUGCUUUGUGGCUGCACAUAGCCUGGGCACUUUCUGGGGGAGCAUUCAUCCUGUUUGAAGUGCCUGCUCCUAUGUACCAAUGCCCCUAGCGUCAGUAACUAAUACUGCACCAAUCCAUGAGGACAGCAUAAAAGCAGGGCUAGUUUUUUAAUAAAUGACUUUGCAUGCUUCUUAAUUCAAAGUUUGCUGUAAAUAUCAAUGUUCUGCUUUUUGUGCCAAACCAUCAAUUGGUGAUAUGUCCCCCAUUUCUAGAUUUUUCUCCUCAACGGCACAGGAGAUCUCAUCUGUUUUUGGUUUAUGUUUUUUAUGUAAGCACUUUAUAAUUUUUAAUAAAAAAUUUAAAACUACAAA